CAACCAGUGCCGGAGAAACCUGCCCUCCAGCAGCGGCGAUGGCGACCCCUCCUCAGAGUCAGCCAACGCCGCGGCCAGGGAAGGGUUAAGCAAAGCGUUAAUCUUGUGGCUGUUCUAGCAGCCGCGGAGGGAUACGGAGCCGAAGCUUUGAACGUGGUGCUGCGGCUCCGCAAGCAAAAAAAUGUCUGCCUAGGAGAGCCCACAAGUUCCUUCCAGCGGGGGGCGGGGGUGGCCGGCUCUGCCUCCCACCCAGCGGCUCGGCCGCUCGCGAGCGCAGCCCUGCUGGGUUCGGACGUCACCGCGGGGAAGGAGGACUUAAUUGAAGUGGAUGAAGAUGAAUCCUCAGCAGCAGCGGAUGGCCGCUAUAGGAACCGACAAGGAACUGAGUGACCUGCUGGACUUCAGUGCGGUAGGAUAUUCUUCGAGGUCUUCUUAUGGCUUCUCCACGAUGUUUUCCCCACCUGUUAAUAGUGGGAAAACCAGACCAACUACAUUGGGAAGCAGUCAGUUCAGUGGAUCAGGUAUGGAUGAACGAACAGGAGCUUCAUCUUGGGGAUCAAGUGGUCAACCAAGUCCCUCAUACGAGCCUUCAAGGGAAAAUGGCAGCCUCCAUGGAAAAAGCUCAGACAUCUCCACAGCCAUAGAAAAGUUGAAACCUCAAGAGGGUUUUGCAGACAGCCCUCAUUAUGGUGAUCACUUGAAUGACAGUCGAUUAGGGCCCCAUGAAGGAUUGUCCCCGACACCUUUCAUGAACUCAAAUCUGAUGGAUCCACCUAUCUGGACCAGUGGACUGUUAUGCUUCAGCAGUUCCAUGUGGCAUGCAGGCAAUCGCAUUGAAAAACAUCAGAUAGGGGUCCAUUUCCACUAUAUGGCAGAGACCCAGGACUACCAGGUUGUCAAGAAAUUCGUGGCCUCGCCGCUAACCAGUCCAGUCUGCUUCGAUCAGAUAUGGGGCUUGGAAGCCCUGGUCAGUUGUCAUCCUCAGGAAAACCUGGAACACCAUAUUACCCAUUUUCUUCUGCAAAUCCACGUCGAAGACCACUUCAUGACUCAUCAGCUCUUGGUAUAUGCACCAUCUCCAAGUUCUGAUGAUUUCAAUAGAGAAUCUCCAAGUUACCCAUCUCCUAAACCACCAAGCAGUAUGUUUGCUAGCACUUUCUUUAUGCAAGAUGGGACCCACAACUCUUCUGAUCUUUGGAAUUCAUCCAAUGGGAUGAGCCAGCCUGGUUAUGGUGGCGUGCUGGGAAGCUCCUCUUCUCACAUGUCACAGUCCAGCAGUUAUGGCAGUCUACACACACAUGACCGCUUGAACUAUCCCCCACAUUCAGUCUCGCCUACAGAUAUAAAUGCAAGUCUUCCUCCAAUGUCUAGCUUCCAUCGCAGCAGUGCCAGUAGUUCACCUUAUGUUGCUGCCUCACAUACUCCACCCAUCAAUGGAUCAGAUAAUAUACUGGGAAACAGAGGAAAUGGGACUGGAAGCUCACAGACGGGUGAUGCACUUGGAAAGGCAUUGGCAUCUAUUUAUUCUCCUGACCAUACCAGCAGUAGUUUUCCAUCAAAUCCAUCAACACCAGUUGGAUCACCAUCACCUCUCACAGGUGCCAGUCAGUGGUCUAGGACUGGAGGACAGGCUCCCUCAUCUCCAAACUAUGAAAACUCUCUCCACUCUUUGAAAAAUCGAGUUGAGCAGCAACUUCACGAGCAUUUGCAAGAUGCAAUGUCCUUCUUAAAGGAUGUCUGUGAGCAGUCUCGAAUGGAGGAUCGCUUGGACAGACUUGAUGAUGCCAUCCAUGUGCUACGAAACCAUGCUGUGGGGCCUUCAACAAGCCUGUCAGGUGGCCAUGGAGAUAUACAUAGUUUAUUGGGGCCAUCCCAUAAUGGGCCCAUUGGAAGCCUAAACUCAAACUAUGGAGCACCUAGCCUCGUAACAACCAAUCGACAAGCUUCAAUGGCUGGAACUCAUCGGGAAGAAAGUGUCAGCCUUAACAGCAACCAUUCAGUCCUGCCCAGUACAGUGUCUGCUCAGAGCACAGAACUAAAUCAUAAAACACAAGAAAAUUACAGAGCAUUGUCAGGUGGCUUGCAGAGCCAGUCUGUGGCCAUAGGUCCAGCAGAAAUCAAGUCAGAACAUAAGGAGAAGGAUGAAAAUAUACAUGAACCUCCCUCAUCUGAUGACAUGAAAUCAGAUGAUGAAUCAUCCCAAAAGGAUAUCAAAGUUUCAUCUAGAGGAAGAACAAGCAGUACUAAUGAAGAUGAAGACUUAAACCCAGAACAGAAGAUAGAAAGAGAGAAAGAGAGGAGAAUGGCAAAUAAUGCUAGAGAACGCUUGCGUGUACGAGAUAUUAAUGAGGCAUUUAAAGAACUUGGCCGUAUGUGUCAGCUUCACUUAAAGAGUGAAAAACCACAAACAAAACUGCUUAUUCUUCACCAGGCUGUGGCAGUCAUCCUCAGUCUAGAGCAACAAGUCAGAGAGAGGAACCUAAAUCCUAAAGCAGCCUGC